AUGUCUGAAACAAAGGAGAAUAUAUUUAUUUUUGUCCCGAAUAUCAUAGGAUAUGCCAGGAUUAUCCUCGCUCUUAUAUCAUUUUACUACAUGCCUACGCAUUGUGCAUUAGCAGUUGUAUGUUAUAUAGUAUCGGCUUUGCUUGAUGCGAUCGAUGGUCAUGCCGCCCGGUAUUUUAAUCAGAGCACUAGGUUUGGAGGGAUGCUGGAUCAGCUUACGGACCGGGCUGGUACUGCUGCUCUUAUGAUGACUUUAGCUACCUUCUAUACGCAGUAUACUUUCUGGUUUCAAAUAUCUAUGAUCAUCGACAUAUGCUGUCAUUGGCUGUAUCUCCAUACAACAAUUUUGCAAGGAAAGACCUCUCACAAAUUUAUAGACAUGUCUGAGAAUCCUAUAAUGCACAUGUAUUACACAAACAAAACAGUCCUUUUCUUGAUGUGUGCUGGCAAUGAAGCGUUCUAUGCAUCUCUCUAUAUAAGCCACUUUUACUCUGGAUUCAAAAUUCUUGGAGUGGGCAUAUUUCCUUUGAUUGCUGUACUGUCAGCUCCAGUUGCUAUAGUAAAAACACUGAUCUCUGUUCUACACGGAAUUGUUGCAUCUAUGAAUUUAGCAACAAUUGAUAAUAACGAACGAGAGGCUAUGAAAAUUCAACAGAAUAAGUGA